UCUGGUGUCGGUGAUGGCGCUGCCAGGUUGCCGGUGUUUGUUGGCUCUCCUGUUUAUCGGAAUAAUUGGAUGCAGUAUCCUACAUCCGGCUCGGGCAGCGGAUCCUUCUCAAUGGAGAUUACGGAUGCCUCUGGAAAGCUCAUUUUUCUUUGGAAAGAUUCUUUUUCAGAACUCUACGAUCUAUAUCAAAUUUGAUGGUGAUCAUGAUAAGUGCAAUUCCAGUGUGACUUAUAACAUUAUCUGGGUGCUGCGAUACUGUGACUGCUACAAUGAGAUCUCCAGUUUAGAGGAACGGGCCCUAAAAAACUAUCUCACUUCGCCUGGAGUGAUGCUCAGCGGAUGGACUGGAGCUCAAGCCAACAUGACUAUUUCUGGCAAGAACUGCAAUGAGCUCCUCAACCCUCAGAGGUAUUACCAAGAAUUUCCUGUGCCGGUGAUCAUUAAUGAAGGCAAUCAAGAGCUUUUACAGAAAAGAGAAAAUGGAACAAAUAAAACAAUGCCUUUGGAGAACCCUGUAAUGAAUGCAGUCAUGAAGACAUGGCAGGAUGGACCAUAUAUAUUUAUAGUGAAUGUGACAAAAAACAUUCCCCAAGAUUCAAGCUCUAAAGAUGCAGCUUUACCCAACAACAAAGAUUUUCCCUUCUCUAUGAUUGUGGAAGUAAAGGGCCCCUAUGAUUACCUAACACUGGCUGACUACCCACGUAUGAUUUUCUUCAUGGUGAUGUGCAUUGUGUAUGUGCUUUUUGGGGUUUUAUGGCUUGCCUGGUCAGCCUGCUACUGGAGGGACCUGCUGCGGAUCCAAUUCUGGGUUGGAGCAGUGAUAUUUCUGGGCAUGCUGGAAAAAGCUGUGUUCUAUGCAGAAUUCCAAAACAUCCGCUACCACGGAGAGCCAGUGGAAGGAGCUGUGAUCUUGGCUGAACUGUUAUCUGCUGUGAAAAGAUCUUUAGCCCGAAUUCUCGUAAUUAUUGUCAGCUUGGGAUACGGUAUUGUUAAGCCUCGGCUUGGUGCUACCUUACAUAAGGUUGUUAUGGCUGGAGCUCUCUACCUGCUAUUCUCUGGCAUGGAAGGUGUUCUCAGAGUCACAGGUGCGCAGUCUGACCUUGCUUCCCUGGCUUUCAUUCCUCUGGCUUUUCUUGACACUGCCUUAUGCUGGUGGAUCUUCAUAAGCCUAACACAAACCAUGAAACUGCUGAGACUCCGAAGGAAUGUGGUCAAACUGUCUUUGUACAGACACUUCACCAACACCCUCAUCCUGGCUGUAGUAGCAUCAAUUGUAUUCAUAGUCUGGACCACUAUGAAGUUCCGUCUGGUAGAUUGUCAGUCGGACUGGCAAGAGCUGUGGGUGGAUGAUGCCAUCUGGAGGUUGCUCUUUUCAAUGAUUUUAUUUGUAAUCAUGAUCUUGUGGAGGCCAUCGGCAAAUAACCAGAGAUUUGCCUUCUCUCCACUAACUGAAGAAGAUGAGGAUGAUGAGCAGAAGGAGCCAAUGUUGAAAGAAAGCUUUGAGGGAAUGAAAAUGAGAAGCUCAAAGCAAGAAACGAACGGAAACGCUAAAGUGGCCAAAGCUGAGGAUGAUCUGAAGUGGGUAGAGGAGAACAUCCCAUCUUCUGUUACAGAUGUAGCUCUCCCUGCGUUGCUGGAUUCAGAUGAGGAGAGGAUGAUAACACACUUUGAAAGGUCCAAGAUGGAAUGAAGACAUGGUUAAAAGGUCAAUGAAUAUGGUGGACUCUGCCUGUGAGGAGGAGCAAUGCAGCAUACCAAGCAUUUCAGAUCUGGGGCCCCUUUCAUUCGUAAAGAUGGACUGGUGUGAAGUCUUAAAGCUACCCUCCUAAAUUAUUUUAUGUUAGGCUCUUAUCUCCUCUCAAAGUCAAAGAACAUGACCCAUUCCCUCCAUAUCUAAACACAUUGUCAGCCAUUGUCACUUAUAUUAUUAAUAGAAUUUCUUGUAUCAAACUCUUCAUGAUCCCUUUAUGGCCACCAGAGCUGGAAUGCAAUGCUCUUCUGGUGACUGGAAGGACUGUGACUUCUCCUGCACUUUAGGAUUAUACGUAUAAUUUAAUAUUACUCCGCUAAAGACCCAGAAAGUUUUCUUGUUCUUGCAUUUACAUGGUUUGCUAAUACUGGUGAAAGUUCUAGGGGAAGCAGUUAUUUAAUUAUUUUUUAUUUGUGCUUUUAUUUUUCUGGGCCUUUUUAUUUACAAAAUGCAAGUCUACAUUUGUUUUGGCUGUGCUGCUAAUUCCUGACAAACAACAUCAGGCUUUUUAAGACUGUAGGUUAAAACUGUGAAGUACGCCAGUAGAAGGACUUUAUAACUGCUACACAAAAGCCUUCGGGGGGGGGGGGCUAGAUGUCGGACAGGUCAAAACUAAGAACUUGAGGAUAUUCUGAAAGCAAUAUAGAAAAUUAUUUAUCAAAGAGAAACCAGGUAAAAAGAGUAGGUUCUUGGCUUUAAUCAGUAUUUUCAGGGUGUUCUUCCUAUGUAAUAGCGGUCAACAUGGAUUGUAAAUUAAACUGUAAAUGGUUAGGGUUGCUUCAAAUAACAGAGUAACAAUGUACAAGUACAGAAUCUAAUAUUCAGAAUGCUUGGGACAAUGGGUUUUCCGGAUAAGGGAUCUUUCCGUAAGUUGGAUCUCCAUACCUGCUAAAAAUCAUGUAAACAUGAAAUAAACCCAAUAGGGUUGUUUUGCCACCAAUAUAGAGCCAUUCAGUUUAGUUUGGAUCAAGUACAAGGUACUGUUUUAUUAUUACAGAGAAAAAGGAAAUAACUUAAAAAUGUGAAUUAUUUGCUUAAAAUUUACUAUGGGAGAUGACCUUUUGGGUUUCCUGAUAAGGGAUCCCAUACUUGUACUCUCCACAAGGCCCAUACCCAGGACCUUGUUUUCUUCUUUAGUUCUACUUGGAGAUGGAUUUCCAGAGUAUAAAAGAAUGGACUGUAGCACAAAUCUAUUGGACACAGAACCUGCACACUUAUUUUGUUUUUAACGUUAUUUGCCGUUUGAGUGAUGUCUGUGCUUUCUGAGCAAGAUGUUUUUGUUCUUUUUAUAAAUAUAAAAUAACUUAAGAAAUCA